UGGGGCUUGAACUCAUGACCCUAGAUUAAGAGUCACGUGCUCUUCCAACUGAGCCAGCCAGACAACCCCAUUUUUAGUGGGUUUUUAGUGCCAUUGUGUGAAAGCACGGUAAUUUAUUUAACCUGCUAAAGGAUAUUUAGGUUCUUUCUAGCUUUUUUUGUCCCAUUAUAAACACCUUCCAACAUUUUUUCAUUCUUUCUACAACAUACCAUGAGUGUCCAUUUCUUAGUAAUAAGAAGUAUUAUCAGUUUUUCAUAUCUGUCAAUCCAGUUCCUUUAAUAUGCAUUUCCUUAGUUACUAGUGAGUUUUAACUAAUGAGUUAUUUCUACUUUCUAGAGAGUUAGUCAUGCUCAGGUUUCACAAAUCACUUCUUCCAGCCUGAGUACCAAGAGAGAUGGGUUGAUAAAUGAGAUUGUGCAAGCAGUUCUGAUGAUUCUGAACAGGCAAAUGGUGACUGGUGAGCUCAGGGUGGUAGUGCACCCUUCCCCCAAGAAGGAAUCCCAGUGUGCAAGUAUAGUUUUGCCAUGGUAGAGGCUGCUAGUGUGGUCUAUGCAGGUAGUUCUCAAAUUGUGUCAUUUGGACCAGCAACAUCCAAGUAUCACUUGGGAACUCUUUAGAACUGCAAAUUCUCAAGCCCAACUCCAAACCUCUACGAAAUGCCAAACUCUAAGAGUGAGGCCCUGCAAACUGUUUUAAUAAGCCCUCCAGGUGAUUCUGAUGUACACAAAGUUUAAUUAUUGAACUUUGUUGCCCCUUACGAUGAUCUGUCAGAAAUUUUAUAAAAUCUGAGUGGGAUUUAAAAUCCUGAUUCUCAGGUCACACUCUGUACUAAUGAAAUAAAAAUAUUUGGGGGAUGGGAGCCAGGCAUCAGUAUAUUUUAAAGAUCUGCAGGCAAUUCCAGUGUCUAGCAAAGUUUGGGAAAUUCUUAUCCAUAGUAUUUUCUGUUUUCAGGUUUAGGGAGGCCAGCCACAUUCCUGAGUCUUAGAAAGAAGUUCUGGGUCAGAUGAUGUAACAACCACUUCUCAGCUGGGAAGGUGGGAAUGGAGGGAGAUGGAUCUGCUCAGGACAGGCCUGGGCAGCCCAUGCUCAGGUCCAGCUCAGCCUCGCUGGGCUCUAGCUUCUGUGGACUCUACUUCUCCAGCAAAUGACCUUUGAGGAAAACUGACCAGUUUUUACAAUCUGAAAUCAUGGCUCAUCAUUUGGUGAUGUUCAGAGAUGUGGCUGUAGACUUUUCUAAGGAAGAGUGGGAAUGCCUGAACUCAUAUCAGAGGAAUUUGUACAGAGAUGUGAUAUUAGAGAACUAUAGCAACUUGGUGUCAGUGGCAGGAUGUUCCAUUUCUAAGCCAGAUGUGAUUACCCUACUAGAGCAAGGGAAAGAACCCUGGAUGGUUGUGAGGGACGAGAGAAGAAGAAGGAGCCUAGAUUUAGAAUCCAGAUAUGACACUAAAAGGUUAUUUCAAGAAAAGGAUAUUUAUGAAAUGAAUUUAUCUCAGUGGGAGAUAAUGAGAAGAAUUAGAAGUUGUGGCCUUGAAGACUCCUUUAUCAGAAAAGAUUAUAAAUAUAAAAAGUUUGAGGGACCAGAAGGUCCUCAAGAGGGAUAUUUCAGGCAAGUGAAAAAAAUGCCCAGUUACAGAAAACUCACAUCUCUUACUCUGUAUCAGAGAAUUCAUAAUAGAGAGAAACCCUACGAAUGUGGGGAUUGUGGGAAAGCCUUUAGGGUGCGCCAACAACUUACUUUCCAUCAGAGAAUUCACACUGGUGAAAAACCCUAUGAAUGUAAAGAAUGUGGAAAAGCCUUUAGACAGUGUGCCCACCUUAGUCGACAUCAGAGAAUUCAUACUUCUGACAAACUCCUCGAAUGUAAAAAAUGUGGAAAGAUCUUUACAUGUGGUGCAGAUCUUCGAGUACAUCAGAGAACUCAUAUUGGUGAGAAGCCCUAUGAAUGUAAGGAAUGUGGAAAGGCCUUCAGAGUGCGAGGACAACUUAAUCUCCAUCAAAGGAUUCAUACUGGUGAGAAACCCUAUGAAUGUAAGGAAUGUGGGAAGACCUUUAGACAGUAUGCACACCUUACACGACAUCAGAGACUUAAUAUUGCUGAGAAGUGCUACGAAUGUAAGGACUGUGGGCAGGCUUUUUUGUGUAGUACAGGCCUCAGAGUACAUCACAAACUUCAUACUGGUGAAAAACCCUAUGAAUGUAAGGAAUGUGGAAAGGCCUUCAGAGUGAGACAACAACUCACUCUCCAUCAGAGAAUCCAUACUGGUGAGAAACCCUAUGAUUGUAAAGAAUGUGGGAAGACUUUUAGUCGUGGUUAUCAUCUGACCCUCCAUCAGAGAAUUCAUACUGGUGAGAAACCUUAUGAAUGUAAGGAAUGUCAGAAGUUCUUCCGUCGUUACUCAGAACUUAUUUCACAUCAGGGUAUUCAUAUUGGAGAGAAACCCUAUGAUUGUAAGGAAUGUGGGAAGACCUUUAGACUGUUCUCACAACUUACUCAACAUCAGAGUAUUCAUUUUGGUGAGAAACCUUAUAAAUGUAAGGAAUGUGAGAAGACUUUUAGACUGCUAUCACAACUUACUCAACAUCAGAGUAUUCACACUGGUGAGAAGCCCUAUGACUGUAAGGAAUGUGGAAAGGCCUUUAGACUUCAUUCAUCCCUUAUUCAACAUCAGAGAAUUCAUUCUGGUGAAAAACCAUACAAAUGUAAGGAAUGUAAAAAAGCUUUUAUUCGCAGUUCACAGCUCACUGAACAUCAGAGAGUUCAUACAGGAGAGAAACCAUAUGAAUGUAAGAAAUGUGGAAAAGCCUUUAGUUAUUGUUCACAGUAUACUCUCCAUCAGAGAAUUCAUAGUGGUGAAAAACCCUAUGAAUGUAAGGAAUGUGGGAAGUCCUUUAUCCUUGGCUCUCAACUCACUUACCAUCAGAGAAUUCAUAGUGGUGAGAAACCCUAUGAGUGUAAGGAAUGUGGAAAGGCCUUUAUUCUUGGUUCACACCUUACUUAUCAUCAAAGAGUUCAUACUGGUGAAAAGCCUUACAGAUGUAAAGAAUGUGGGAAGGCCUUUUUAUGUGCCUCCCAACUUAACGAACAUCAGAGAAUCCAUACAGGUGAGAAACCCUAUGAAUGUAAAGAAUGUGGGAAGGCCUUUUUCCGUGGCUCACAACUAACUUACCAUCUGAGAGUUCAUACAGGCGAGAGACCCUAUAAAUGCAAAGACUGUGGGAAAGCCUUUAUUUCUAAUUCUAAUCUUACUCAACAUCAGAGAAUUCAUACAGGUGAAAAACCCUAUAAAUGUAGAGAAUGUGAGAAGGCCUUUAUUUGUGGCAAACAACUUAGUGAACAUCAGAGAAUUCAUACAGGUGAGAAACCCUUUGAAUGUAAGGAGUGUGGAAAGGCUUUUAUUCGUGGUGCAUAUCUUACUCAACAUGAGAAAAUUCAUGGUGAGAAGCAUUAUGAAUGUAAGGAAUGUGGGAAGACCUUUUAUCGUGCCACACAACUUACAUAUCACCAGAGAAUUCAUACAGGUGAGAAACCCUACAAAUGUAAGGAAUGUGACAAGGCUUUUAUUUAUGGCUCACAACUUAGUGAACACCAGAGAAUUCAUAGAGGUGAAAAACCCUAUGAAUGUAAGCAAUGUGGGAAGGCCUUUAUUCGUUGCUCACAUCUUACUGAACAUCUAAGAACUCAUUCCGGUGAGAAACCCUAUGAAUGUAAGGAAUGUGGGAAGGCCUUUAGUCGUGGCUCAGAACUUACUCUACAUCAAAGGAUCCAUACUGGUGAGAAACCUUAUGUGUGUAAUGAAUGUGGGAAGGAUUUUAGUUUUGUAUCGGUCCUUAUUCGACAUCAGCGAAUUCAUACUGGUGAGAAACCUUAUGAAUGUAAAGAAUGUGGCAAGGCCUUUGGUAGUGGUGCAAACCUUGCUUACCAUCAAAGAAUUCAUACUGGUGAGAAGCCUUAUGAAUGUAGUGAAUGUGGAAAGGCCUUUGGUAGUGGCUCAAACCUUACUCAUCAUCAGAGAAUUCAUACUGGUGAGAAACCAUAUGAAUGUAAAGAAUGCGGGAAAGCCUUUAGUUUUGGAUCAGGCCUUAUUCGACAUCAGAUAAUUCACAGUGGUGAAAAGCCUUAUGAGUGUAAGGAAUGUGGGAAGUCCUUUAGUUUUGAAUCAGCCCUUACUCGGCAUCACAGAAUUCACACAGGUGAGAAACCUUAUGAAUGUAAGGAUUGUGGGAAGGCUUUUGGCAGUGGUUCAAACCUUACUCAACAUCGAAGGAUUCAUACUGGUGAGAAACCUUAUGAAUGUAAAGCAUGUGGAAUGGCCUUUAGUAGUGGUUCGGCCCUUACUCGGCAUCAGAGAAUUCAUACUGGUGAAAAACCAUAUAUAUGUAAUGAAUGUGGGAAGGCUUUUAGUUUUGGAUCAGCCCUUACUCGACAUCAAAGAAUUCACACUGGUGAGAAACCUUAUAUAUGUAAGGAAUGUGGGAAGGCUUUUAAUAGUGGCUCAGAUCUCACUCAACAUCAGAGAAUUCACACUGGUGAGAAACCCUAUGAGUGUAAGGAUUGUGAGAAGGCCUUUAGAAGUGGUUCAAAACUUAUUCAGCAUCAAAGAAUGCACACUGGUGAGAAACCCUAUGAGUGUAAGGAAUGUGGGAAGGCCUUUAGUAGUUGUUCAGACCUUACUCAACAUCAGAGAAUUCAUACUGGUGAGAAACCUUACGAAUGUAAAGAAUGUGGCAAGGCCUUUGGUAGUGGCUCAAAACUUAUCCAACACCAGCUAAUUCACACUGGUGAAAAACCGUAUGAAUGUAAAGAAUGUGGAAAGUCCUUCAGUAGUGGUUCAGCUCUUAACCGGCACCAGAGAAUACACAGUGGUGAAAAACCCUAUGAAUGUAAGGAAUGUGGGAAGAAUUUUGGUACUGGCUCAAGCCUUACUCAACAUCAGAAAAUUCAUACUGCUGAGAAACUUUAUGAAUGUAAGGAAUGUGGAAAGGCUUUUGGGAGGGGUUCAGAGAUUCAGCAACAUAAAAAAAGUCAUACUGAUGAGUAGCUCUGUGAAUUGGAAAUUUAUGUUAGAAUUAUGUGGUUAAGGAAGGACACAGGACACAUAAGAAAACUCAUAUUAGGGAGUGUCACUACAAAUGUAACUAAGGUACAAAUGCCUUACUUGUGCUUUACCACUUCAUCUGAGAGAAUUUAUACAGGAAAAGAAAAACCAAUUUGAAGAACUCUAUCUAUAUUCAUU